GAACCAAUACAAGGGGAGAAGCGGAAGCGCUCGCUGAAACGCAAUGCGAGCACGGAAGUGCUCUUUGAACAAAACAAAGGGCGUGCACUCACAGCCCAGCUCAACCAGCUCGACCUUGCACCGAUCCACCAAGCAGCACUAGACGCCGCCGGGGCAGUGCCGCCCAUCAGCCCUGCCGAACAACUUGCACUCCUGAGGGCCGAAGUGGCCUCAAAAAAGAAAAGAAUGCCACAGGAAGCAGCAGAAACGGUGGAACUCGGAGAUGGCUGGUACAAGGAGAAGAGGGUAAGAACGAAGGGCAAGCAGCAGGGCAAGGUUUAUGUCUUUUACACCAACCGGGACGGACGAACGGCUGACUCACGAAAGAAGCUGGAGGCUCAAGGAGGCCACGAUCCAGAACCAGAUGGGCGAACCACCCGCCACCAAGCAGCAGCAGCAGAGGAGGAGGCCGAAGGAGACGCUAAGAAAACGAAGGCCAAAGGAAAAGCGAAGGCGAAAGGAAAAGCGAAGGCCAAAGGAAAAGCAAAGGCGAAAGGAAAAGCGAAGGCCAAAGGAAAAGCAAGCAAAGUUGAAGCCGUCGUGAAGGCAGUGUCUGACGAAGAAUCUGAGGAGGGAGCUCUCCAGAAGAUGGAUGAAGGAUACGAGAGCGAAGCGCUUGAGAGUGAAGAGUGCUAG